GUUUGGUGGUUCCUGCCGGCAAACAUUGCCAGUCACUUAAACAGUGACUACAAAAAUGGAUAAUUACUAUUUAUUGGCAAUAUGUACACUAACAUAUUUGCUUAUUUCCAUGCCCCCGGCAGACAGUAAUUAUGUUGAGACCAAAGCUAGUGAGUUUUUCAGCAGUGGCCAUACCAACAACUGGGCAGUUCUGGUCUGUACAUCUAGGUUCUGGUUCAAUUAUCGUCAUGUUGCAAACUCUCUGUCAGUGUACAGGAGCGUUAAAAGACUGGGUAUUCCAGACAGUCACAUCGUGCUGAUGCUGGCCGAUGAUAUGGCCUGUAACUAUAGAAACCCCAAACCAGCCACCGUGUUCAGCCAUAAGAACAUAGAGCUCAAUGUGUAUGGAGAUGACGUGGAAGUGGAUUACCGUGGCUACGAGGUGACGGUUGAGAAUUUCCUCCGAGUCCUGACAGGGCGACUCCCUCCCAGCACCCCUCGAUCCAAAAGGCUGCUGUCAGAUGACCGCAGCAAUAUUCUCAUCUAUCUGACAGGUCAUGGUGGAAAUGGCUUCCUGAAGUUCCAGGAUUCUGAAGAGAUCAGCAACACUGAGCUGGCCGAUGCUUUUGAGCAGAUGUGGCAAAAGCGGAGGUAUAAUGAGUUACUGUUCAUCAUAGACACGUGCCAGGGAGCAUCUAUGUAUGAGAGGUUUUACUCGCCCAACAUCAUGGCCCUGGCCAGCAGCCAGGUUGGAGAGGACUCGCUCUCACAUCAGCCAGACUUGGCUAUAGGAGUUCAUUUGAUGGAUAAGUACACCUUCUACUUACUGGAGUUCUUGGAGGAAGUGCAUCCUGCCAGCCAGGCCAACAUGAAUGACCUGUUUAAGGUGUGCCCACAAAGUCAGUGUGUAUCCACACCGGGCCACCGCACCGACCUGUUUCAGAGGGAUCCCGGAAGCGUCCUCAUCACAGACUUUUUCGGUAGCGUGCGCAAAGUGGAGAUCACCAAGGAAACCAUAAAUCUUGAUUCCCCUAUAGAGCAGCCAAUUGAGAGAUCUGGGAACGCCGCUCUACAGGUUGAAUCCCUGACGUAUGUGGACCAGCUUCCAGUUUCUGAAAUAAUUCAUCAGAAACCCAAGCAGAAAAACUGGCACCCUCCAGAUGGUUUCAUUCUGGGCCUCUGGACCAUUAUCAUACUGGUGUUCUUCAAGACCUAUGGAAUCAAACACCUCAAACACAUCUUCUAAGGCAGAGACUCUCUCCAACACCACAGGACUCAAGAAACCUACAGCCAUACAGUAUCUGAGGCCUGGAUAUCUUCUCUUUCAUGAAAGAGCACCACCCUCACUUUGUUCAUGCUUGAUUUGGUCAGGAAUAGGUUUAACUUCAUCUUUCUGAUGCAGGUUUGUUGUCUUUGGGUUCUGCUUUGUAUCCCUUUUGAAAGUGACAUGCACUGACUUUUUUACUUUGAAACGUUCUUUGUUGUUCUUUGUUGUUCUGAGAAGUUUGUAGUCGAAUGCAUUUGAAGUUCACACAGUGACUUUCUUUUGAACUUAGCGCACACAGGCAGCUCGCAGGGAGAUUUUUGUUUGUUCUUUUAUUUCCAGUUAUAAUUUAAUCUUCUCUCAGCCCAGAGCGUAGUUCAAUAAUUUCCUAAAACUUAUAUCACUCUGGCAAUGGAAACUUUUAUAGACUUUAGGUGUCUUCGUUUUUUUCACAGUGUGAUAAAAUGGAAGUCUUAUUUUUAUUUGUGCAAAUAUACGAAACCUGCAUAUGCGAUUCUUGACUUACUGCAUUAAUUUAAUUGUGCUUUAUUAUGUGCACUAUUAUUGAUUAAGGACUGGAUUGUUGUGAAUCUGGAACAGGAAGAAUGUUAAAGCAGAACAGAAAUGUUUUUAAAAAUCCACAAAAAUUAAAAAAGAAUGCCCUGGGUACAUAAUCCCAUUAUCAAAAGAAAAAUUAUCUUUUUAUAACAUCUUAUGGUGCAAUUAGAUUGGCAUAUGUUGUGCACAAAAUGUCACUCUUAUUGCUUUUAAAUAUGCUUCAGUUUUGUUGUGAAAGUAUAAUUUCAUUAAAAAAAUUCUUCUGGUUUUGGGGUGAAAUAUGACCUAGGCAUUUUUAUGAGAUUCAAGUUUGAGAGACACAGACAUCAAUCACAGAAUUUCCAUAUAUAGCAACCAUGGCUCCAUUUAGCUUUGGCUGUGUCCUGUAUCUGUCCAUUAGCAUCUCCACUCCACAUUAAAAGGGGGUCGAGUGUGAAUGUGAUUGGAUCCCUAAAUUCUUUAUUUCCCCUGUCUGUCUAAUGCAUCAUGUUGGUAGGCCAGACAUCCAUCAUUGUUUAGAAGUAUCAGAAUUAUUCACCAUGCUUUUUGUAUGAAUCCAUUAUUUAAAAAUCUGUCCGUUUCUAGAGUGCCAUUUCGUCUUUUUUGUUUGUUGUCUUCCAUUAUCCUGUAUUUUUUUACUGUAAAUCUGUCUGUAGGUGCCAUUCUAAAUAAAGCCUAUGCUUAAA